AUGCUUCCUAACACCAUCUUCAAUUCCCACUCUCACAUACCAAAACUUCCCAUUCAUUUUCCAUUCCAUUUUUCUCACAAUUUCAAACUCUGCGCCACCACUUCACAUUCCGAAUCUGAUUCCGACUCUUUCACUGUCUCCUACCUCAUCAACACCGUCGGUUUCCCUCGUGAAACAGCUCUCAAAGCUUCAAAACGACUUCGUCUCAAAUCCCUAGAAAAACCCAAUUCAGUUUUCACCUUCUUCAGAGACCACGGUUUUCCAGACACCAGCAUUAAGAAAAUCCUCAUAAAAGAACCAUGGCUUCUUGCUACAAAUACCCACAAGUCAAUUCUUCCAAAGUUUGAGUUUUUCCUCUCCAAAGGCGCUUCACCCUCUGAAAUUGUUACCUUAUUAACGGCGAGCCCUAGAAUUUUACAAAGUAGUUUGGAAAAUCGAAUUAUCCCUCUUUUUGAAUUUUACAAGAGGUUUUUGAAAUCUGAUAAAGCUACCGUUUGUUGUAUGAUUAGAAGCUCGGUUCCGUUGUCUUACAAUCUUACUACGGAUAACGUUAAGUUGAUGAUCGAUUACGGAGUUUGCGAUUCCAGCAUUGCUAGAGUGUUUCUCACAAAAGCAACUAUACUUGGAACAAUUGAUUUGAUUAAUACCUUGGAGGAAGUUAAGGGUUUAGGGUUUGACCCUUCAACUUCCAAUUUUGGGACAGCUUUGAUUGCAAAGAAAUAUAUGAGUAAAGCACAUUGGGAUGAGAAAGUUGAUGUCUUUAAGAAAUGGGGCUGGUCUGAUGAAGCUGUUGUUCAAGCAUUUAGGAAGCAUCCUAGUUUGAUGUUGACUUCGAUCGAUAAGAUUAAUUUGGUGAUGAGUUUUUGGGUCGAUCGAAUGGGUUGGGAUUCCUUGGCACUUACUAAAAAGCCACAAAUUUUCGGUUAUAGUUUGCAGAAAAGGGUGGUUCCAAGGGCAUUAGUUCUGCAAUAUCUUAUGAUGAAAGGAUUGAGGAAAAGGAAUGCAAGCUUAGUGACACCAUUUAGGUGGUCUGAGAAACAGUUCCUGGGCAAAUAUGUUGUCUGUUUUAAGGGUGAGUCUGAUUAUUUAUUGAAACUCUAUGAGGAAAACAUGAAUCUUGCGAACACCAAGGAGAACAUUGACAUGCCAUUCACCAAAUAG